GGCGGGGCCAGCAGUGACAUUUAUAAAGGGAACAGGUAGGUACAGGUAGCCACAUACCCCGGGACACGUUGGCUCCUGCGCUGGCACUGACAUCCCACCAUGACCAAGCUGGCAGAGUGGCUACUGGCACUGAGUGUCCUGGGGGCCGCCUGGGUUACCCUGAACUUUAACUUGCUGGGCUUGGAUCUGCCCCCGCCCCUCCAGCAGCUCCUGUGGCCCCUGCCUGUUUAUCUGCUGGUCGUGUUUGGCUGCUACUCUCUGGCCACCAUUGGCUACCGCGUGGCAACCUUCAACGACUGCGAGGAUGCGGCCCGGGAACUGCAGCAGCAAAUCAGCGAGGCAAAGAGAGACUUGGCCCUGAAAGGCCUGAAAUUCUGAUUAUUCCUCUGGGCACCGGCGCCCCCAGUACGGACCAACGUGGCACCCAAUGGGCAGGGUUUCUCUGGCGCCCCCAGUACGGACCAACGUGGCACCCAAUGGGCAGGGUUUCUCUGGCGCCCCCAGUACGGACCAACGUGGCACCCAAUGGGCAGGGUUUCUCUGGCGCCCCCAGUACGGACCAACGUGGCACCCAAUGGGCAGGGUUUCUCUGGCGCCCCCAGUACGGACCAACGUGGGACCCAAUGGGCAGGGUUUCUCUGGCGCCCCCAGUACGGACCAACGUGGGACCCAAUGGGCAGGGUUUCUCUAGUCUGAUAAAUAAAACUUCUGUUUAUCUGA